AUGGAAGCAGAGCGGCCUCGUAGGCCUAAGACAAAACCUAAAUCAAAAUCACGGAACGAUGUUGCGUCGGUUGAUACAUCAACAGUACUGACGAUGACGGAGCUGGAGAGGAGAUUGGAAGAAUUACCUACAGAUUUCGAUGAGAUACCAACAACGUCCUCUGAUGUACCCGAUGCUGAUCAUAUGGUCAUCGAAGAAAAAGAACCAAAGUCAGAAAAUACUGAAUGUAAUGAUACUGCUGAAUGCACAUCAACAGCCACUCAACGAGACGUCAAUGAACCACAAGCAAGAGAAGGAGAUAACAAUGAACAACGUGAUGCUUCAAAUGGCAAAAAUAUUGCAAAGGCGAAUCAAACCGAAACUAUCACGAAGCCAUUACCGGCUGAACGAUCUGCGAUUGCCACAAACGAGCACUCAUCGGAACUCGAUGAGUCAUCGUCCAGUAAAUGCGGUCAUCGAACGGCUGUUGUACCCGAACUGUCCAUAUCGGAUGUUUAUCCAUCUCUUAGAAAUGAUAAAGUUGGAGAAGUUUCAUCAGAAUUCAGUUCACCAAAUGUUGAGAUCUAUCCAGAGUUAUACGAUGAAAUGGCGCAGUCUGCAUCUUCAGUUGCUGAUCUUCAAGCACCACCCCUACCCACUGAAACCAAGUUUGUUGCUCGAUGUAUUCUUCCAUUGACUAGGUCAGCUAAUUGCCCUCUUAAAGUGUUUUCCAAAGAAAUUCUAUCCUCAUUUGGACCUGGUUUUGGAAAUGUUGAUUAUUUUGAUGGGAUUGCAACGUUUUUUACAUUCAAGAGUUUACAGCAAGAAGAGAGUCCAAGAAAUAACCUCUUCGAAUAUUUGGAAAACUAUAAGAAAGUAUGUGAAAAAAUAGCGCUAAAUGAUGUGAACGUGGCUGAAUGUGAGGAACUUAUCAAAGCGUGCGCAUUGCACACAUGGAUUGCCGAAAAUCGGGUCAUCAAUCAGGAGGGCAAAUGUGGUGAUGAUAAAUAUGCAACUGGUAGUGCCACGUAUUUGGUGGCAACGCUUGAUAAAACGAAACUCAGUGAACUGUCGCAAUUGCUGAAACGUGAUGUUAAUGCAAGACUUGAUUCGUCGUUGAGUUUAGAGAUUGAGGCACGAGCGCUUGCUUUGCAGAUUCAGUGGAUGAUUGUCGACUUGAAUAACGCUUUCAUGCGAGAGCACUGCCUAACGGCAAACAGUCCGCCAUGCUUUAUUAUCGAAAGCAAUGCAACUGUUAGUCGAACGCAGCUGCGAGGUGCACUUUCGGAUGCGUUUCAUUUUUUACGAUAUCCAGGGUUGUCAUCUCGAUUCAUCGAUAGUGUCACUGCAUGGAUCACUGAACUGAGCGCGGUAUUAUUGAAAGCGUGUACGAGUGAAGACCAGCAAUAUUUAUUAUGUCAGUUAUUGCGAUUAGCAUCACCAGUCGCAAAUUGGGCAGCACCUUUAUUGCAAACGUAUGUAAAUAUGAAUCCACUGAACGAUCGUUUCGUCAUCGAUCAUGUCGUUACGAUGCUUGCUAUUCUGUUAUCACCGAUCAGGGCACGAGAGAGUUUUCUUCAACGAAUUGUGAAUUACGAAAAUGACGAUAAUUCAUGGGCUAUUCUCAGUGAAGACGUUGAUGAAGGUGAAGUAUCAUUGGCAGCUGUGAAUGAGACGGAUUUAAUUGCUUUCUUGGAUCAGUUCAGCACUGAGGCGUUAUUCGCAAAAGCCAUACAACAUUUCACCGCUGUGAAUCGGUCUAAUGCAGUCGCACAGGUGUUAAUGUCAAUCGCAUUUGAGUUGGUUUUAUUGAAAAUAUUUGAUGAAGGUCUAACGACGUACAGUCAUCCACAGUUCCGUCAGUUUUGCAAACAAAUUGGCCUUGCAAUGCGUCAAAGUGUUAGAUAUUUGGCAGAUUUCGUCGGAAUAGCGAAGCGCUUGUUGUCGGCUGAUGAAAUUGCAAUGGUAGAAAAAGAGUUUGAUCGUAUUUUGUUACACGCUGUUCACUACAUUGUCAGUAAACAAAGCCUUGGUCUAUGGCAGUUUUUGGUUGAUUUACCGUAUAGCGUAAUAAGUGGGUCGUGUCGAUUGCGAUGUCAAAUAUUGUUGAGAUCAAGCGAGCCGUUAUCCAUUAGCCAGUUGUAUGAAAUUCCAGAAAAAGACCUAAACGCUCGUCUGAAAGCAGCUGGUUUAUUCGUCGAUCGUCUACUGCAGUUACCGAAUAACGAUAGCAAUUAUAUGGUCAGUGCAUUGGCAGCACUAAUGUCAUAUUCAGAAACACAUUCUGAUGAUUUUCUGAUGGAAUUAUUAAACGCUUGUUUUUUGGAUGAGUCAACUCGUGACAAUUAUUACAAGGUUGGGUCGGAAGCUAUCGGAGUGUUGGUUGAUAAACAACCACAGCUACUAUCGAAAGUUUUGUUGAUCAUCGACAGAAAUAUCGACAGUUUAGAUCAAUAUGCAGUGGAAAUUCUGUCGAAUGCACCGCUUGCUAAAUGUCGCCUAUCUGAAUCAGAUGUUGGCAGCAUCUGUGGUAAAUGGCUUAUUAAUAGAAGCCCAGAUCAUCCAGGUUCGAGAAUCGCCAGGCGCGUUCUCGGCUCGAUGAAUUGGGGCCGUGACUCAAAUGGUGAAUUGUGGUUGCAUAGGCGUGUUCAUCAGGUUUGCGCUGAAACGAUCGUUAAGGGUCAUAUGGCACAGUGUAAAGGUACGAAUGGAUUAAUCGCGAAAUCAUUCAACAAAGUUGCGAAAUUAGCCUCGAAAGUACCCGAUUAUGAACAACAAUUUGACACAUUUUGUUGGGAUAUUUUACUCAGAUUGAAGUUACCAAUUUUGAACGAUCCCGCAUCACCGUUCACAGAUCUCGCAUCGUUUUAUGUACAUAUUGUUCAGAAGUGUCUUUCGAGUUUCGUACAAACAUUCGAUCGUUUACUGCAUUCUGAUCAGUCCUCAUAUGCAGCUCAAUUAAUCGCCGGCUCCGACCAAUUCCCGGGUCCCACGCUGAAGCUGCUCAGUUCAGCAAUAACUGUAUAUCAUUUGUUGUACUCAUAUCACAUUACUGAGCAGUACACCCAAAGUUCGAUAGACUCGUGGAUUAGGUUGCUUUGUUGCGAGAGGGCCACCGAAUGGAAUACGGAUAAAUAUACAUUGUAUUUAUUGGAUGUGAUCACGCGUCUAGUUUUUGAGAAGAACGUUGAUGAUUUACUGUCAAUGGUGGAUUUGAUAAAGUGUAUUUAUAUGGCUAUGAUACAGAAAUGGAAAGAAAAUUCAAGAGGAAUGCUGUCGUGGUUUACGGCAGAGCAAAGUGCACCACCGUUGAUAGCCUCAGCGAAUUUACCUGAUGCACCAUGGGCUUCGUUCUUGCUGCUGUUAGCUGAACAAAGAAGUUUUGAUGAGUUUUACGAAGCACUCUAUUCAUCGAUGGGAAAACAUCCAAAAUAUACGCUUGAACAAGCCGUUGGGAAAGCAGCGAACAAGUCGCAUUUUUCUUUGGAUGUCACUCGACUACAUUAUUAUCGUUGGUUGGAGUUUUGCUGUGCGGAUAAAAUCGAAGAAAGCAUUGUUUUUCCGUUAGCUCUUCAGCAACUUGUUAUACGGCUGUUCACGAGGACCAGUUAUCUUGCUGCAAAGAUUUGUUACGGAGGGCGUUAUUGGUCAUGUAGUGUGAGUCAAGCGAUGUUCGAAACUUUACGGAAAAAGAUUCUCGUUCGCUGUGAGCAGAGCGCUAAAGUCAAAGAAACUGCCGUUUAUUAUAAGGCUGUUGGGCAGUGGUUAUCGAAUACUGCCAUUUAUGAGCCUAAUUUUCGUGCAUUUGACGAUCUCCUUCUUGAUCACCUUGUACAGUUGAUCAUUGCGGGCGAUUUGAUGUUAUGGACUCAGUUCGUUGAUAUGAACUGUCUGCACGAGCAACGAAACGAAAGUUGUAAAGUGGGUCGUCGUUGUUUAUCUCAAAUUAUCUCUGUUCUUUCAUCGGAAUUUCUGUACUGUCUAUUCAUCAAAGAUAAAUUUCAGUUGUAUGCAUUCACAUGUCACUUAGGAACGAUUUCAAAUCAGUUCCCGUCAGAAACUGAUGUUGCAACAAUUGCCGAAAUCGUGGCCAAAUUGAAUGCUCGCAAUCGUGCGUUACCAUUUCCACAACUACCGAUGCAUCCAUCGUUACCGAACAUGAUUAAGUUGGAUAUCAGUGAUGCAUGUAAUAGUCAAGUUGUGUUACCGUUAUUCUCCCAACAACUUAAUUCUGUCAAUAAUGCUGCCAGAGCAUUCAUAACUGCCAAAGAGGGUAUUGAGUCGUUGGAUGAGUCAUAUUUGAAGGAAUACCCACGACUCUAUACAAAUUCCACCACUCAGUUGUCGAUCGUUUUGCAAUGUGGUUAUGUUUUUGGAAUCAACAAAUGUGCACAUCCGAUAACCGUUACUGCGACUGUAAAUCAAAGUCAAUAUCAGUCAACAGUUGAAGCAGCAAUGAACGAUAAUCGUCAAAAACGAUCCAAUGAAGUUGCUGCUGUUUUCGCGCAACUUCUCAACCCAUCGGCUGUAAAUUGUGCUCACUUACAAUAUGUUACUGCGUAUGUUCCUAUUUUGAAUAUUUACAAUUCAAGACAGUCGUAUUUCGUAAGUAGGCAACAUUACAGAAAGAUGCAUGAGAUGAACUCGGUGUUGAGUGGUUUUCGUGCACAGCAAUUGCAAAUUUCUGGGCGAACAUUAUUCUAUCAUGCAGCCACAUCGAUAUCAUCGCUAGAAUUGAUCUCACCAGCAUCUGCAACCACAUAUGCGUUUGUUCUCACAAAACUUGGUCAGGCUUUCAUUGCGAAUCAUUCUAACGAACAAACACAUCUGAUGUCAAUCGUGCUGGGCGGUUCUCAUUUAGCGCAUUUACUCACCGAACACUUUACACCGCACUGUGUGCCUUCAUCUCAACUCCUCUCAUUAUAUUCUGCAUUGAGUCAAGCCGUUCGUAAUCCAUCGACUUCAUCUGCAGCCCUUUCACUUCUUUCACAACUUGAUAUCAAGAAGACUGGUGAAAAAUUACCUCCACAUCAAUUCUCACAGUUGAUGCCAAUUGCAUUCGAGAAUAUUAUCUCAAUAACCGACUCUAGUUCACCGUUAUACGAUAUUUGCACUAAGCAUUUCAUUCAUUCACUCUUUCAUCGGUUUCCUGAGAAUUUCAUCUCUGGUCUUAAGUUGGCUCUUGCAGCAUGUGAUACCAGUGCUACACCAGUGGACGUAUUCGAUCUUAUAAUUGAUCCGUUGAACGCUAAACACAUCGAUUCCCUCGACUCGAAACCGGAGUUCGUGAUCGAUGCUAUCACGGCAGCAGAGGCCACUAAAGCACUUGAAGAAAAGUUCAUAAAAUCAAGACGUGAGCUGUCAACACGAUUGUAUUCUGUGUGGUCGAAAUACCUGAGCAGAGUAAUGGUUUUAGUCGAAUUUUUCGCGUACAAAAUGAUUGCUUUACCAUUCGAUUCUGAACAAUCAAUUUCAAAGCUAGAAGCAGAGCUUCGGCAACAAUUCACAAAAUGUACACAGUUGUUUGCACCUCUUAUUGAGCCGUUUGGUGCUGGUUUUGCUGCAUGGAAUCCGAAUGAUGUGGAUGGUGCGAUUUGUGUAAUGGAUUGUUUCGUGUCGUUAAUGAUUCGAAUACAUUCUCUCUACGAUACUUACUUACCACCUGGUUCAGAGAACCUUGAAACGUUGCUGUUCGACUACUAUGCUAGCACUAUCGGUGAACUGAGUCGUGGAGGAACGCACAAUAUAGGAAAUUUGAAUAGAUGGAUGCUGUUUAUUAUUUUAUUGCCACAAUUUAAGGAAACACGUUUGACUCGACUUCCAUGGAAUAUUUUUUGGCCGAAUCUGGUGAGUUUAGCGUUGAUGAAAAAGGUGCUCAGUGAAGGUGCUGCAGAAAGUGCACCGCUCAUUACUCAAAUUGUCGUUCGAAUUCCGUGGAUAACGAUUAUACAGCAUCAGUCAGUUCAACCUUUGGAUGGAAUGCGAGCGUUUUACGGUCUUCUUUUGGAGGUGCUUACUAGAUGCAUAAGUCGUCCGAUCAAUUACGUCGCAUGUCGUGCAUCAAUGCCAAAACUGCUAGAUUCGUUGAGCGUGUGCCAAUGGAGACUGAUGUCAGUUGAUCAGCUGUCUGAUAUUUCCUCAUUUAUUGUCUCAUCAUUCCCCACCAAUGCGCUCACUGAUUCCAGUGAUGUGAUGGUUUCUUUUCUUACAACUUAUCGACGUGUGUGUUGCUUCUCUACUGUACCAAGUAACAAUUUUUCGUUUGCUGAAGAAUAUCAACGGCAAGCGAUUUAUGUUAGGACUCAGGUGGCAAUGAUGCGAAAGAAUUCACGUGAUAAAGCAUGGGCGGUUGAUUUUUAUGCGGAAUUAAUCAAAUCUGUGAAUGCCAUCAUUGUCACUAGAGGUGACACAACUGACCAACCGGCAUGUUUAUCUCAUGAACUAACCGCAUUUUGGGCGCAUGUGACAGAUGCAAAAUUCGCAGGACCGGGCUCGUGUGAUUGGACGGUGCCAACCAAUUGGAUCAUAUUACCCGAUUCUUGUCGCCAGUAUCUGUAUACAUUGCCGAGUUCGGAGAACGGUGUGACUCCGCAGUUUCUUACAAUGCACGUUUAUGUAAACAAAUCACUGCAGAAAUGUUCAUCUGCUGAACAAGAAACAACCAUUCUAAAGAAUCUUUUUGAAUAUCUAUCUGGCUUGAAACCAAACACUCAGUUUUGCAGGUAUGUGACAAACGAAGCUGCGUUCGUGUUAAUUAUUGACAAAAUUUUGAAAUUAACACUGCGGCAGUUUGGAUUCGGUUUGCAACAAGGUAACGAAUCAUUAAUGGCCUUUAUUGACUGGCUUGUGCGUGUGCACAGCGAAGAAAAAUCGAGUUCAUUUUUUUCAAUGAUUGGUCUUUCCAAGAAGCAAUCUUUUUCAAUCAGGUUAUUCACCGGACAUACUUUAUCGCAACGUUUCUUUUUACUGCGGUACUUAUCGAAUGUAAUCGAACUGUUUCUAACGCAGCAAACGACUGCAUCUGAUCGAGCACCUCGGAAUGCACCAAACACACCUGUUCUCAACACUCGCAUACAAGCGUUCAAAGAUAUGAGCUCAUCAAAGCUUUAUGCUCAAUUUCAAGCGACUUCACAUCUCGCCUUACCAUUUUUCACUAAAGUUCGAUUCUAUCACAUCGCACAUGCAGUUGAACUGUUCGCAUUACUUGUCAAUUCAUUAUUCACUGAAAAAUUCUUAAAAUCAAUUCAGUAUUUGUGA